AUGCCUGAAAGUACAUCCACACUGAGAUCAACUUCUUGGCAGCCGUAUGCUCUUGAUGAUACUAUUUGGAACAUGCCAAAGGAUCCUAAUGAUACUAUUUGGAAUAUGCCAGAAGACCCUAAUGAUGAUACUAUUUGGAAUAUGCCAAAAUAUCCUAAUGAUGAUCUAUGGAACCAAGAAAUAUCACAAACAAUAGACCCCGAUCCUUUCGAUCCUGAACUUUCUUUGAAUCAACCAGAUUAUUCUGAACAAGCUUAUCCAAUUAUCAACCUAUUGAAAGUAAUGAAUUAG